ACAUUCCCCUCUCGUGUCUUCGUUGGGCCCAAACCUUCGACGCGUCACUCCUGGAAGAACUUCACUCCUAGAGGAAACUUCACUCCUACAGGAAAUUCCCUUGUAGAGGAGACUUCACUCCAACAAGAAAUUCACUUCUAGAGGAACUUCACUUCUAGAGGAAGUUCCCUUCUAGAGGAGACUUCACCUCUAGAGAAAACUUCACUUCGAGCGGAGACUUCGCUGAACUCUUCCUCAAGAUGUUGACUUCGAGGAUUUUACGCGUCGCCCGCUGUGCCUCUUCUCUGGCGGCGAGAGUCUCCCCCAAGGACGCCACCGGAGCGCCGCGUCCUGCAGGAGGGCCACGAACCCCGUGUCUGCGGCCCUUCGCCACCUCGCUCUCGCGGUCGGGCCAGUCACAGGUCUCCAAGCCAUUUUCCACUACCCCCAGCGAAGUAACGGAUGCGAGGAUGGCUCUGAAGACGGUGACGGUCGAGUUCGGGGACGAGAGCCGGAGCGCCUACCCUCACGUGUGGCUCAGAGAGAACUGCCAGUGCCGCGAGUGCUUCAACCAGGACGCGAUCGCCAGGACCUUCCUCCUCGAGGACUUGGAUCUCGAUAUGAGGCCGAAGAACGUGAGGGUGGAGGACGGCUGCCUGCGGGUGGAGUGGGAGGACGGCCACAUCGGCGUGUUCUCGGGCCCUUGGCUCCACCAGCGCGCCUUCACGCAGGAGGCCAGAGCUAAGCACCGCGCGCAGUACAUGCUUACGAGGGUUCGCUGGGGCCCUGGCUUCCAAGUGCCACUCAUCGACUUCCAGAGUGCCAUAGAGGACGACCGGGUGCUCCUCGACUGGCUCACCCUUCUGGAGAGGUUUGGAGUCGUCCUUAUCACCAACGCGCCUCAGAAAGUGGGUGCCAUCAACGACUUCAUCAACAACAUUGGCUUCGUGAAACCGACUCAUUAUGGGACGGAUUACGAGCUCGUAACGCACGUAACACCGAAUAACCUGGCUUACACGGGGUCAAAACUCGGCCUCCACACGGACCUCCCUUACUACGAAUACCCACCCGGGACGACCUGGCUCCACUGCCUGCGCCAGCACGAGGGCAAAGGAGGAGACAAUGACCUCGUAGAUGGCCUGAAUGUUGCUGACGUCCUUCGCGAGAGACACCCCGACCUCUUCCAAGUACUGGUCGAUACCCCCGUCUAUUUUCAGGAUAAGGGCUUCCAUCACUAUGACUUCGAUAAGAUCACGAGAGUGCCUGUUAUCAUGUUAGACGAACGCGGGCAUGUGCGUCGGAUUCACAUGUCCUCGCAGUCACGUGACCCCAUCAUGGACCUGGACACAGACGGCGUCCUGCAGUUCUACAAGGCUCUCAAGACCUUCAACAGCAUCCUUAUGGAGAUCAGUAUCUGUGUCAAGACGAAACCGGGUGACAUCCUCGUACUGGACAACACCCGGGUCCUCCACGGUCGCCAGCCCUUCGAACCGGACGCGUCCUCGGGUCCCCGGCACAUCCACAACGCCUACAUUGACUGGGAUGAACUGAGGUCGAAGAGAAGGGUCCUCCAGCGGAAGUUCAAUGUGAACCUCGCCUGAUGGGGGCGUCUAUUGAGUGGAUGAAUUUUUUUUUUUUUUUCGGUAUACUUUUAUUGAGUGUUCUCUAAAUGGGUGAAUUUCCUUUUUUGUUUCUUUAUUCUUGUUUUUCUUUCGGCAUACUUUGAAUAUUCUUUGAAUGGAUGAAUUUCCUUUUCUGGUUUUGAGUUUCUUUUUUCUUUUUUGUCUUUUCUUUGAUUAUUAUUAUUACUAUUAUUUAUGUUUCGGUAUACUUUUAUCGGAGUCUUCUUUGAAUGGAUAUUUUUUGUGCAUUCUAUAUGCAUUUAUUUCGGUGUUGUUGUUUUUUUUUUUUGGGGGGGGGAGCUGAAUGUUUAAUUUUAUUUAUGUAUUUAUUUGAGUGUUCUUUGAGUAGGUUAAUGUUUAUUUUUUCUUCUUUUGUUUGAGUAGCUGGAUUUUUUUUUUUUUUUUAUACUGGUUUCUAUCGUUUUCUCUCUCUUCCAGUUGUCUGAUUCUUUAUCGUUUCCUUUUUCCCUCUUUUCCUUUUUUUAAACGUUCAUGAAGUGUUUUUUCAGUGUUAUUUGACUUAAGGUUUUUAUUAUCAUAGUUAAUUUCUUAUAUCUUUUUUUUAAGAAUAGCUGUAGGACGUAGUAUUAUAGCGUGAUUUGCUGAUACCUAUAGUACCUUUUUCAUAAGGAAACUGUGAUUUGUAUUAUAACACAUGUGUGACGUUUUGAGGUGUGCAACAUGCAGCUGUGUAUCGAGAUUGGCCGUCCUGUGAGAGAAAAUAACACACGAGAAUAUCA